AUGGAUAUUGAAUGGAUACCCAGAGAUAAAAAUGUUAAAGCAGAUGCUACAAGCAAGGUUUUUGAUUUUGAUAAUUGGGGGGUCAGUGUUGACUUUUUUGAAAUCAUAGAUUUUAUGUACAUGUAUGGACCUCAUUCAGUUGAUAGCUUUGCUGACAGUGAUAACACGAAAAUUCAAUUAUUUAAUUCUAGAUGUUAUACACCAGGUUCAUCAGGUGAAGAUGUCUUUUCUGUAACUGACUUUUCUACACGAUCAUUGAAUAUCAGUGAAGAAACACCACUUGAUUGCUUUAAGAGACAGAUGCUGGAAGACGAUGACACAGUUGAAGAUGAAAACUUUGUAGAAUUGUAUGCAAUGAGACGUACAUGGGAAACAAGCCCUCAUCCAUACCUGUUCUUCAACCCAGAUGGACAUAGCAUGACAUUUCUUGGAUUUAACAUAGAGGAAAAAACUGGCAAUUUGAUUGACCAUCAAACGAAACAAAUUUUAAAAACGGGAAUUAUGCCACGAAACCUUUUUGGUGCCUUAAAACGAAAUAGAGUGAAUCUUGCUGAGAAUUUUGACAUUCUUCCAAGGUACGACAAACUAGCAAAGUUAUGCGAUGUGAUGGGAGUUGCAACCCAGCGUGACCCUGAUGAGUCAUAUGAACUUACAACUGACAAUGUUAAAAAAAUACUGGCUAUCUACAUGAGAUUUAGAUGUGGAAUACCAGUAAUUAUAAUGGGCGAAACUGGAUGUGGAAAAACAAGACUCAUAAAAUUUAUGUGCGAUCUUCAAAAACCCCCCAAAAAGUUACUGGAAGAUUUAGUAAAAUCGAAGGAGACAGAUGAUAUGGAGGAAAAAGAAAAGGCUCAAUUACAUGAGCAAUAUAAAAUCAACAACAUGAUUUUAAUGAAGGUGCAUGGCGGGACAAAAGCAUCAGAUAUAAUCAGGAAAGUUAAAAAGGCAGAAGAAAUCGCGAAAAAGAAUGCAAAACUAAUAGAGGAAAACGAAGAACUUGCACCCUAUAAACAUAUGGAUACUGUAUUGUUCUUUGAUGAGGCAAAUACAACAGAAGCAAUUGGAAUUAUAAAAGAAAUCACAUGCGAUAAAUCCUUACUAGGAAGACCAAUAGAAUUACAUGAGAAAUUGAAAAUGGUUGCUGCUUGUAAUCCUUAUCGAAAACACUCAGAAGAGCUUAUAAGAAGAUUGGAACAGGCCGGACUGGGUUACCAUGUUGAAGCAGACAAAACAAGCGACAAACUAGGUCGGGUACCAAUGAGGCGUCUAGUAUAUAGAGUGCAACCUCUUCCCCAGAGUAUGCUGCCAUUGGUAUGGGACUUCGGACAGUUGAAUAUAAAUGUAGAGGAAAUGUACAUUAAGCAAAUGGUUCUAAGAUAUAUCAAGAACGAUAAUAUUCCGAAUUUACUAAAUCUUGACAAAGUGGUCAGCAAAAUUUUGACAGUCUCACAAGAUUUUAUGAGAGGGCAGGAGGAUGAAUGUAGUUUUGUCAGUUUACGCGACGUUGAAAGAGUCCUGGAUGUUAUGAGUUGGUUCUAUGCAAAGAGUAUAGGAAAUGAUAUGCUUUUCGAACAGCUUGCAGAUGACAAUUAUGAUGAAAUAGAUGCAGUUGAUCAACCAAAGGUUAUUGAUCAUACAACAAGAUCACUUGUUCUUGCGUUGGGUGUGUGUUACCAUUCAUGUCUAAAGAAAAGAUUUGAAUACAGACACGCAAUAGCUCCACACUUUGAAGAUCCUUUGGAGUUAACUGGAGGAGCAAAUCAGAUUGACGAAGAAAUAUCUAAAUGCCAGUCUGUGUUGUUAAACAAUAUUGAAUUAGCCAACAAUAUAGCAAAAAAUCAAGCACUAAAAGAAAAUGUGUUCAUGAUGGUAGUGUGUAUGGAGCUGAGAAUUCCGAUGUUUCUAGUAGGAAAACCAGGAAGCUCUAAGUCUUUGGCAAAAACAAUAGUAGCUGAUAACUUACAAGGAAAUGCAGCUCAUCAAGAUCUUUUCAGGAAUUAUAAACAGGUACAAAUGGUAUCAUUCCAAUGCAGCCCAUUAUCAACACCAGAAGGCAUAGUUGGAACUUUCGCCCAAUGUGCAUCAUAUCAGAAGGAAAAAGAUCUCAAUAGAUUUGUCUCGGUUGUUGUCUUAGAUGAGAUUGGUUUAGCUGAAGACUCCCCUAGAAUGCCAUUAAAGACACUACAUCCAUUACUAGAAGAUGGUUGUCCUGAUGACGAAGAACCUGCUCCGUAUAAAAAGGUCGCAUUUAUCGGAAUUUCUAACUGGGCUUUAGACCCUGCAAAAAUGAACAGAGGAAUUCUAGUACGAAGGGAAGUUCCAAAUGAAGAAGAACUUAUAAACAGUGCCAAGGGCAUUUGUUCGUCUGACAAGAUAGUUCAGUCUCACAUAGAACCAAUGAUACCUGCUAUGGCAUCUGCAUAUCUACGUGUAUUCAAAAAAGCUUCAGAAGAAAAAAGGGAAUUUUUUGGAUUGAGGGAUUUCUACAGUUUGAUUAAAAUGCUAUAUGGGUUUAUCUGGAUGUCAAAGGAAAAACCGACAUGGUUUCAACUGAAGCAUUCCAUUCUUAGAAAUUUUGGAGGUCUAGAAAUGAUAGAUCCGGUAUCUAUAUUUCUAGAGUUGUUGUCAUCACAGGUUGACGAAUACGAAGAGAAAAUGGCAACCGAUCCAGAUUGUUCUGCAGAUGGAAUGAUACAGGCCUGCUUACGAGGAGAUGAUAAUUCUAUCAGCGAAAGCAGAUAUCUACUUUUACUAACAGAAAAUUAUGGAGCAUUGGCAAUUUUGGAACAAAAUCUUUUCACCAUGCAGAAUGCAGUUGUUAUAUUCGGCAGUAGUUUCCCUAGUGAUCAAGAAUAUACACAAGUGUGCAGAAAUAUCAAUCGAAUAAAGGUGUGCAUGGAAACAGGCUGUACAGUGAUUCUGUUAAAUCUCGAAAACCUAUAUGAAAGUUUAUAUGAUGCUUUAAAUCAGUAUUAUGUUGAAUUCGGAGGAGAACGAUAUGUAGAUCUUGGUCUUGGGUCGCACCGUGUAAAAUGUCGGGUACAUCGAAAGUUCAGGUUGAUUGUUGUAGCGGAGAAACAAGUAGUGUAUAAAAAGUUUCCUAUACCACUGAUAAAUCGCUUGGAGAAACAUUUUCUGUCUAUGAAGACACUUUUGUCUUUCAGUCAGUUAAAAAUGAGUAAGGAGCUACAGGAAUGGGCAUUGAAAUUUUGCGAAGACAAAACAAGUUUUCAUGGUAAGAAGAAGGUGAGAGAGAUUGGAGAAGCAUUUUUGGGAUACCACGAGGACACAUGUCCAGCAGUUAUACAACAUGUUUGCCAAGAGAAAUCUACAAAGGAAGGCGAACGUGAUUACGAUGAAAAUAAGAUACUUCAAGAUGCAAAAGGAUUAUUACUGUGGUGUGCAACUCCAGCUGCUGUUCUUCAGGGAGGAGACGAAUGUGACAGGAACACAUAUUUUCAUCAGCAGGAGCAUGAAAGUUUGGCCGAUUACAUUUCUUUCAAAAUGAGAUCUGAUCAACAUCAAACUGUUUUUGCUCAGAUUACAACUAAUUCAAGGAUCCUUUCAACUCUUGAAUUGGACGAUCUGGCCAAAGAAGUACCAGUUGCUAGAAAAAAUAUACACUUGCUUACAUUACAAUCGUUCCACACAGAGCAGCAAUUUAGCAGGCAAAUUAAAUCCUGUUUUGCUAAAAAGAUUCCAGAUUCUAUACUGAUAGUACAAAGCGAAAGUGGCGACCAGAAUGAGGAGUUAAUAGCUUGUGCGCGCUAUUCAGCACAGCGAGAACUACAGGAAAUACUUCAGAAAGGAGUGAAAUCCAAGAUAUAUGUUAUUUUUCUGGUGCAACUCACUGGUUUGGCGGGAAAUAAUUUUUCAGGAUACCAGUGUGGAUUGUGGCAAUCUGUUCAUAUUGAUGAUCUCCGCAUUUCGUUUAUCAUACCACCGAUUAUUGACAUGCUUGGUAAAACAGCUGCUACUGUUAUCACUGCUACAGAAACAAACCCCGGAAGUACUGCGCAAGUAAAACUUGAAAAAGAAGUGUCUGUUAGAGAUGGGGGAAAACUACAGUCAGAUGAAAACAAUGAGGAUGUGGAACAAACUGACAGCAACAGAACAAUUGAUCAAACACAGGAAAGCAACAGAUCAAUUGAUCAAGCACAGGAAAGCAACAGAUCAAUUGAUCAAACACAGGAAAGCAACAGAUCAAUUGAUCAAACACAGGAAAGCAACAUAUCAAUUGAUCAAACACAGGAAAGCAACAGAACAAUUGAUCACACACAGGAAAAAACAAUGCAAACAGAUAGCAGAGGCCAAGAGAACGAAGAGGAAGAAAACCGGUAUCAAGCUAUUGCAUCAAUUUCUACUGAUCAACGACGUAAAUUUGAUACUAAUAGUUUAAUCCUUAAUUGUGUGCAGCGUGCACUUUCGACCUUAAAAGACCCUAAAGAAGAUGUGUCGAGGACAACACAGAGAUUAAAAAUUGUACUUAAUCUUUUAGAACAUGAUAAAGGAACAAUACUUUCUGGAAUUUGUAAGCAUGUAGUGAAACUGAUAAAUGAAAAAGAGAAACAGUUUGGAUCUUUAUCUAAUUGGUUAUCGGCGGAAGUAUCGAAAUCUGAGAACAUAAAUAAAGCUGGAACUUUCAGAAAAAGUAUUAUUAUGAGUUUGGAAUCCCGCAUUAUUCCAAUACUAGCAGGACUAUUUGCUUUCAUGGACUCAAACAGAAACCUAGACAUACUUACAGAAAAUGAAAGCAACCACUGGAAUGUAAACAUCUGGUUAGAUAUUCUGAAUGAUCCUGAACUAACUCAGAUAAAAUAUCAGAAUAUGGUUUCACCGACAAAACAUUUAGAGUUACAUGAAGUUGCUGUCAGACCAACCUCAGUUGAAGGAAAAGUGUUCUCAGCUAAAAUGUCAUUUUCAUGGCUGAUCAUUGAUCAAGUCCAGAAAGUUUUGAAAACCACAAUUGAAUCUGAAGACACAACAGGAAACAAUACCUUUGAAAUCAUAAUGAAAGCUGCUGAGAUUUUUCAGUCACUGUCAAUAGGUUGUCUGCUACAUGAAAUAGAUGGGCCAUUCACCAAGACUGCCUUGAAAUUUUACAUUGAAGAUUUUGUUCACACUGUUUAUCCAUUCAAGACCGAAAAUGAAUGCAAGUUGGUAUGUGAGAAUGUAGCUAUAGGCGCUCAAAAAUUAUUGAAAGGAGAAUAUGGGAACCUGUUACCAACUAUGUUUGCAUGCCAUAUGGUUUAUGAGACAUAUUCAACCAGAUUUAAGAACUUUUCACAUAUAAUGACUGUCUGGCCAAGCUGUUGUGAAAAAAUCAUUGAUGUUCAACAAACUGGUAAAAGUAAUCUGAUGACGAUUGAAGAAAUAACGCUUGACAUUCAAGCUUUAACACAGCUGAUGGACGAAGUAAAGCCUUCAAGAGAAAUUCUUAGCAAAAAAGAUUCACGAAAACUCUGGCUCAGAAAAGUAUGCGAGUAUAGGCCAGUCAUUGAAAGAGUAGUCGCAGAUUUCUGUAAGCAACAUUCUUUUGAUGGAAAUGUUGGUCAACAUCAAUGUAGAGAAGCAAUUAAAAACGCAAGGUGUGAAUGGAUAAGAACACUUGUUGUAAAGUUGUUCAUUGAAAAUGUAUGUACACAGGGCAUUGGAGCAGAAAUUGUGCCAUCUAUGAAAUUAUGGAGUAAACUUGGUGAAGAUGCCGACAUGAAAGAACUCAUCUCACUAGAAAAAGUUGAGAGUCAUCUGAAAAAACAAAAUGCAGAAAUUCUAAAGAAAUGCUUUGGUGUGCUGUCUAAAUGUAUUAACUGUGAAGCGGAAAUUCAGAGUGCCCCAGUUAAACUUUCAUGUGAUCAUGUUGUUUGCAAGAAGUGCUACAAACAAGUUAUAGAAAAGAAAAGGCAAUGUACACAUUGUAAGGAAAAAUUACCAGACAACUUUAAUCAAGAAGAAUUUGUUAAAAGGAGUGACGUAGAAAAGUAUGAAGAUUUUAGAGAAAGAUGUAAUGGUUUCUUCAUGGAGAUUGUUUCACAACUAUGUUUUGCCGAGGGAACACUUCCAUCUCAAGGCGUCAUUGACAAGCUUCUGUCCUACAUUGUUGGAAAAGACAAAAGUGAUCGAGGAGAAACUAUUGUUUCAAGACAAUUGACAGUAUUUCAAGAUGCCAUUGACCCAAACCCUGUGGUCAGAUCCUUUUUACUUCAGGAGAUUAUGCAAACAAGUGGAAGCGACAUUAAAUCCUAUCUGUCAAAGUACUUUGACGACAAUACGCAGCUUCUACAAACAAGUGUUGGUAGUACGGAAUCAAUUGAAUUAUGUUUGCUGAUAUUGCAAUGCAUGGAGGAUUCAAUUCAGCAACAAAAUCAGAAGUUUAACAACAGUAAACUUGAAUUAGUACACAUAGAAAAGAUGCUGAGUGAAUCUGUAGAAGGGUUUUAUAGCAACGUACAUAUUCUGGAAAAGAUUGAGUGUAUUGCGAAAGCAAAGUACAGUUUGUCAGUUACAGCCAGAUACAUACACGAUCUAUAUGGCAAAACACACGACACAGUUCAACUUGAUGCUGAGUUACGUCAACUAUUUGAAGCAGCUGGACAUCUAUGUGAAAAUUCUGGAUCCCAAUGGCCAAGAAAAUAUUUCGUGAGAGUAUUGUGUCGGAGUUAUGGAACAGAUGUGUAUCAAGCAGUUCUAGCAAAAAGUGAUAGAGAGUAUUUGAGAUGGGUGAUAUUACCAGAUCUCGAUGUCAUGGAGUGCUAUGACAGAUAUAUUGUCAACGAAGAUUACACCGAUAUCAGGCUAGCAGUAGCUGACUCAAUAAUUAAUCAGAAAGAUACACAAUUGACAGAGGUUUUUCAUACAAAAGUAUGUAUUGAAUGGCAGUGUAGCAUUAAUCUUCUACUAGCCCUUCACAGAGAAGUCACAAUGAACAAUCUGCAUAAUGAAAAAUGCAAUAUGGAAACAGAGAAAACCAACGAAGAACAGGAAAAUGAGUUCAUUACUGAUUAUCUGCAGACACGUUCGUUUUUACCAAGAGAGAAAGAAGUAGCAUUGUCUAUUUUGAAAAACAAUGUUUGGCAGGCAGAGACCGCCAGAAAUAUUCACCUUGAAAUGGACAUUGCGCAACAAAAUCUUACCUGCUUACUAACUCAUUAUAUGGUGAUGAUGACCUUCAUUCCAGGAAGUACAACUUUAUUGAUGCCUUUAAAAAAUAUAGCAUUGAAUAUCGAGUGUAUGAAGGAUUCCUACUACCCAACUAUGCCAGAUGAUGUAAUUGCAUUCUUUACAAGAGUCAUGCGAGAUCAUAAUAAGGAACAUAACGUGAAAUCACAGUGGGGAGGUGAAGACGUCCCGACAAUAUAUAAAUGCCCACAAGGUCACCCUUAUACCAUUGGAGACUGUGGAAAAGCUUAUUAUGAAUAUACUUGUUUUUGUGGAGAAAAGAUUGGAGGAAAAAGCCACAUUUUACUGACAACAAACAAACAGGCAUCAAGCGAGGCGGCCGCAAAAGGACAUAUUCUUGGUAGAGCUAACAGUCUGAAAGCAACAGAUAUUGUUACACCUAGAAACAACCUGAGCAGAGGUUCAUUUGCAAUUAUUCGGCUUUUGACACACAUGUCAAUGUUCAUUGCAGCAAACUCUAACGUCCAGACAGUACAGCAGAUUAUAAAAACAGAGCCAGAUAUACAGGAAAUGGAAGUGUUUCAGUUCUUAUUGGAACAUAUCAAUUUAGACAUUGAGUCACUUCAUGAAAUCUUAGGAAAAGGAAAAGAUGAUAUUUUUCUCAUGAUGCAUUUUAUACUCAACGAAAUUGUAAUGAAGCAUACAUCAGCUGUGAUAGGAGAAAAUAAUCCGAACGAAUUGUGCAAAUUGAACACAGAAAAAAGCCGAUGUGAAUGGGAGGAUUUAUUUGACCAGAAAUUUAUUUUUCCUGUGUUGCAGGAUAUUGAGAACAUCAUCCAGAUGUGCGACGAUAAGAUUGCUAGUGACAAGAGGAUGGGUGCUCUUCCAUUAGUUUUGUUACUGCAUGAAAUAGAUGACCACGCAAACAUUGAUGAGAACAAACAAUUUCAAGAAAUCCCUGAAGUGUGGAGAUUCAGAUCUUGGAUAUCAAUUGACCAUUUGACUCAGAUGUUAAAUACUAAAGAAAAGACGUGUCCAUUACUUCAUUUGUUCUUAAAGGAGGAUCAUCAUCUGAGAGUUCUUCGAUUUAUACCAAAUAUAAUCCGACUUCAGAAAAUGUUGAUGCAGAAAUACAGCAGAAAACUUGACAGAGCUGAAGGAACAAUAAUAACUAUUGAGAAUGUAGAACAACAACUGGAACAAGAUGGGAAACUAGAGGAGUUCAAAAUCCUUUUGCAAAGCUAUACUGAAGCAUGGGAAGCUGUGAGGCAAUCACUUGAGACAUACACGUGUCGGACCAGCACUGGAAGAUUUAGAGUCAAUAAAGCCCAUUGCAGAAAGAGGAUAGAUGGGAAAACGCCUAUAUCAUACCUUUUACCAACCUACAGAGAUUCCGGAUUAUGUGGUUUUAUACUGCUUCGGUUCCUACUAGAAAAGCAAAAUACUUUCCUAGGCGAUUUUUGUAGAGAAAAGGGAGUGUUAUACUCAAGUUUACCACUGGUCAGUGUAAAAGACAUAUCUGCAGUGCAUUUAAUCAGUUAUCACCCAGACAAGGACUUAUUACCAAUGGUAUUGGCAAACUGCAACUACUCAUUUGAAGUAGGUCAAGGGACAAAAGUGGAAUAUAAUUUUAACAACCUUGAAAGACAAGUAAUGGAUAGAUUUCUGUUCUCCAAGUCAGCUAUAAUCAACUUGAAUGAGAUAGAGAUGUUUACUUACAGAGCUGAAUAUACUAAUGGUGUCGUACUGGAAUCAUUAUCUGAAAGAAUAGAUCAAAUCAGAAUUCCCCAAGCAACAAAAGUUCAAAUAUGUUCAGAACUCAGAAAAAUGUCUUAUCCCGAUCUUUGUGAAAGCUUGGAUAAGCUUGACAUUGCCAUCAGCUUUUUGAAAUCGGUAGGACCCGAAAACCCAGACCAUUUACUCAGUGAUUUCAUGACAAAGACUUUGAAGACAGAGAGACCUUUUCCGAGCCAGAAGGCACAACAAUCGAUUACCUGCAGUCAGACGAUGUCUUGGUGGAUGAAUCUCGCAUUGGAAAGAGCUAAAGCUUUAUUAAGAUACAAGCAGGAACCAUUUGACGGAUUAGCUGAAAAAUUUAAUGUACUCCUUUCUGAUGAACAGCAAACAAUUGUUGAUGAAUUAUUCAGUACUUUGCCAAUUGAACAAACGGCAAACUUUAUAGAACUGAUGUUUGAGUUCAUUAUAUUGAGGAUAGAUAUCCAAGAGGACCAAGAAAGUGAAGACUAUAUUGACAUUUCUAACUCAAGCUUGCGUGACUACUUAAUGGGAUUCCCUGAUUCGUUGCCAUAUCAGGUCGAUGUAUUGGUUGACAGUAAUAUUGAAGCAGUCCUUAAAAGAAUUCCAGCAGAGGACAACAUCAUAACAGUAGGACAUACAGUAGAUUUUUGGAAAUCUGUCAAUACAAUAUUAGCUAACAAGCAGCAACAAAGAGUGUAAUAUGUGAUUGCUAAAAUUGAGAGGAAAAAUUCAUUGUGAUAGUUAUCAAUAUACUUAUAUUUAAAAGUUAAAAAAAAAGAUGUAUAAUUCCACAAUGAUUUAUUUGAGCAGAUAUUUCUAAUUGGUUUUAAAUAUGUAUAAAAAUAUAUAGCAAGUGUGAUUGAUUAAUAAUAGUGCAAGCCAUAUAUAUAUAUAUAGUUAAGUCUUAAUUUAAUUUUAACAUUGGUUGAUUUGGUUUACUAAUAAGAACAUUUUUGUAUUUGUACUUUUUUC